CGGAUUCAUAACAACAACUCGGCUAAUCGGUUAGCUGGUUAGCUUCGUGAUUCAGGCUGCUACUUUUGUUUAAUAUUCACGGUUACCGUCAGUUUACCGCGGCGCGGCGUUUCACCGGUGGCAGAAGAGGACGGCAGCUGAUUGGCUGCUGUAGCUGACGAACCGAGACACGACAUGAAGACGGUUAAUCUGAAUUCAGGCUGAAGUUUGUUACCGUUAGCGGCAGUUAGCGGUGUCACUGGAACCGAAGGGACAUCGACUACUGUUAGCCUGCUAAAGCUAACACAACAACAACAACAACAACAACAACAACAACAACAACAGCCUGUCAACAGCAACUGAGGCCACUUCAUCAGCCGUUGUUCGUUGAGGCGUGAUGGGAAAUCAGCUGGCUGGCAUCGCGCCCUCUCAGAUCCUGUCUGUGGACAGUUACUUCUCAGACAUCCAUGACCAUGAGUAUGAUAAGAGCCUGGGCAGCACUCGCUUCUUCAAGGUGGCCCGGGCUAAACACCGGGAGGGCCUGGUGGUGGUCAAAGUCUUCGCCAUCCAGGACCCCUCGCUGCCUCUGACCAGCUACAAGCAGGAGCUGGAGGAGCUGAAGAUCCGGCUGCACUCCUGCCAGAACUGCCUUCCCUUCCAGAAAACCUCCCUGACGGAGAAAGCUGCGAUCCUGUUCCGCCAGUACGUUCGGGACAAUCUGUACGACCGUAUCAGCACCCGGCCAUUCCUCAACAACGUGGAGAAACGCUGGCUCGCCUUCCAGAUCCUCAACGCCGUUGACCAGGCGCACAAAGCUGGCGUCCGUCACGGGGACAUUAAGACGGAGAAUGUGAUGGUGACCAGCUGGAACUGGGUGCUGCUCACUGACUUUGCCAGCUUCAAGCCCACGUACCUGCCGGAGGACAACCCCGCAGACUUCAACUACUUCUUCGACACGUCCAGACGGAGGACAUGCUACAUCGCACCAGAGAGGUUUGUGGAUGGAAGUAUGUUUACCACAGAGAGCGACCAGAACACGCCGCUGGUGGACCUUACCAAUAACAACCAGAGGAGCAGAGGGGAGCUCAAACAGGCCAUGGACAUCUUCUCUGCAGGCUGUGUGAUAGCUGAGCUGUUCACUGAGGGCGUCCCGCUCUUCGAUCUGUCCCAGCUGCUGGCGUAUCGUAAAGGACAUUUCCAGACGGAGCAGGUCCUCAUGAAGAUAGAGGACCGGAGCAUCCGAGAGCUGGUGGCUCAGAUGGUGCAGCGGGAGCCUGAGAAGCGUCUGAUGGCGGAGGAGUAUCUGAAGCAGCAGAGAGGCAAAGCCUUCCCUGACAUCUUCUACACCUUCCUGCAGCCGUACAUGGCUCAGUUCGCCAAAGAGACCUUCCAGUCAGCUGAUGAGCGAGUGCUCGUCAUCCGAAAAGACCUCGACAACAUCCUGCACAACCUGCGAGGAGCUCCUUUCCUUUCAGGCUCCUCCUCCUCGUCUUCAUCUCAGGAAAGCAGCGAGCGCGUGCUGAGCUCCAGGGAGGAGCAGGGCCUCAUCGUCCUGGUGUCCGUCAUCACCUCCUGCCUGCAGACGCUGCACUCCUGUGACUCCAAACUGGCCGCCUUGGAGCUCGUCCUGCACCUGGCUCCCCGGCUCGGCGUCGACAUCCUGCUGGACCGCAUCACGCCCUACCUGCUGCACUUCUGUAACGACCCCAUGCCCCGCGUGCGCGCUCAGGCCGUGAGGACUCUGGCCAAAGUGCUGGCGCUGGUGAAGGAGGUGCCGAGAAACGACGUCAACAUCUACCCAGAGUACAUCCUGCCAGGCAUCGCCCACCUCGCUCAGGAUGACGCCACCAUCGUCAGGCUUGCGUACGCAGAGAACAUAGCUCAUCUGGCAGAGAGCGCGCUGAGGUUCUUGGAGCUGGUUCAGGAAAACAACGUGAACACAGAGCAGGACCUGAACGGGGAGGACACGGAGGAAACACUUCACCCCAACGAAAACUACGACUCAGAGCUGCAGGCGCUGCAUGAGAUGGUGCAGCAGAAAGUGGUGACGCUGCUGAGCGACUCGGAGAACAUCGUCAAACAGUCGCUGAUGGAGAACGGCAUCACGCGUCUCUGCGUCUUCUUCGGCCGACAGAAAGCCAACGAUGUUCUACUGUCUCACAUGAUCACCUUCCUCAACGACAAGAACGACUGGCACCUGCGCGGAGCGUUCUUCGACAGCAUCGUGGGUGUGGCGGCAUACGUGGGCUGGCAGAGCUCGUCCAUCCUGAAGCCUCUCCUGCAGCAGGGUCUGAGCGACACCGAGGAGUUUGUCAUCUACAAAGCUCUCAACUCUCUCACCUGCAUGUGUCAGCUGGGCCUGCUGCAGAAACCUCAUAUCUACGAGUUUGUUAGUGAUAUUGCUCCGUUCCUGUGUCACCCCAACCUGUGGAUCCGUUACGGGGCGGUGGGCUUCAUCACCGUGGUCGCUCAGCACCUCAAUGUGGCCGACGUCUACUGCAAACUGAUGCCCCACCUCAACCCUUUCAUCACCCAGCCCAUCAUCCAGAUCGAUAAGGAGCUGGUGCUGCUGAGUGUCCUGAAGGAGCCAGUGAGUCGCUCCAUCUUCGACUACGCCCUGCGCUCCAAAGACAUCGCCAGCCUCUUUCGACACCUGCUGCUGCGGCAGAAGAAGCGCGCUGGAUCUAUCCCAGAAUGCCCCACUCCCGAGGACCCGGCCAUCGCUCAGCUCCUCAAGAAGCUGCUCUCACAGGGGAUGACAGAGGCGGAGGAGGACAAGCUGCUGGCGCUCAAAGACUUCAUGCUGAAAUCCAACAAGGCCAAAGCCAACAUGGGCGAUCAGAGCCACCUGGGAGAGGCAGCCCAGACCGGCGUCAUCGACCUCGCCUUGCUCGGCAUCACAGGCCGCCAAGUCGACCUGGUCAAACCCAAGCCAGAGGCCGAGGACAAGAGAGAAUCCACCGCUGCAGCAUCCGCGAGGAAACACACGAAGCAGGACUCCACCAUGAACGAGGAGUGGAAGAGCAUGUUCGGAUCCCAGGAGCCGGCCUCCGCUCAGCCCGCCACGGCUGCUGACGGGCCGGCCAGUCAGAUCAGGAAGAGCACCGUGGCCGCGGCGGUGCCUGUGCUGCAGUCGGUGGUGAGUGGCCCCGCCUACCAGCGCCGCAUCAACACCUGCAAGGCGGAGCUACAGCAGCUGGUGCAGCAGAAGAGGGAGCAGUGCAACGCUGAGCGCAUGGCCAAACAGAUGAUGGAGAGCGCAGAGUGGGAGAGUCGACCUCCUCCACCUGGGUGGCACCCUAAGGGGCUGCUGGUCGCCCACCUCCAUGAACACAAAGCUGCCGUCAACCGAAUCAGGGUCUCAGACGAACACUCCAUCUUCGCCACGGCGUCCAAUGACGGCACUGUCAAAGUCUGGGACAGUCAGAAGAUGGAGGGCAAGACCACGACCACCAGGUCGGUGUUGACCUACUCUCGUAUCGGCGGCCAUGUUAAGACGCUGACCUUCUGUCAGGGCUCACAUUACUUAGCCGUGGCGUCAGACAACGGCUCCAUCCAGCUGCUGGCGGUUGAAGCAAACAAACCUCCGAAAUCCCCCAAAGUCCAGCCCUUCCAGACCAGGUCUCUGGACCUGCAGGAGGACGGCUGCGCGGUCGAUAUCCACCAUUUUAACUCGGGCGCUCAGUCUGUGCUGGCGUACGCCACCGUCAACGGCUCGCUAGUCGGCUGGGACCUUCGCUCGAACUCCAAUGCAUGGACGCUCCGCCACGACCUCCGCCUGGGACUCAUCACGUCCUUUACGGUGGACAUGCACCAGUGCUGGCUCUGUCUCGGUACAAGCAGCGGCACCAUGGCCUGCUGGGAUAUGCGGUUCCAACUCCCCAUUUCAAACCACUCCCAUCCUGCUCGAGCACGAAUCAGACGGCUGCUCAUGCAUCCGCUCUACCAAUCAUCAGUGAUUGCAGCUGUCCAGGGGAAUAAUGAAGUGUCGAUGUGGGACAUGGAGACUGGAGAUCGUAAAUUCACUCUGUGGGCGAGCUCUGCACCUCCACUCUCUGAGAUGCAGCCGUCUCCUCACAGUGUUCAUGGGAUCUACUGCAGCCCAGCUGAUGGAAACCCUCUGCUGCUGACGGCCGGGUCAGACAUGAGGAUCAGGUUCUGGGACUUGGCGUAUCCAGAGAGGUCGUACAUCGUGGCCGGAGGAGCCAACGACUCGCUGCACUGUCCGUCUGUUCUGUACAGCAGGAAGAUCAUUGAGGGAACCGAGGUCGUGCAGGAGAUUCACAGUAAACAGAAGAGUGGCGUGGUGGAGGACUCGCCUCGCCGCGGCCCAGAAUCCCUUCCUGUGGGACACCACGACAUCAUCACUGACAUCGCCACCUUUCAGACCACACAAGGCUUCAUCGUCACGUCGUCCAGAGACGGCAUCGUCAAAGUCUGGAAGUGAAGAUCUGCAGUGAAAGACUCACACACAGGAAACGUGUUGGUGUGUGUUGGACAGAUGUUUUCUCUCUUCUCUCACAGUGACAACUUCCUGUCAUGUGGUUUCUGAUCUGAGAGAAGAGGAAGUUCAACCGCGUGAAGCCACCUCCAAGUGUUCAUCAAUGUCUCCAGGCUUAAUAAAGCUUCUGCUCCUCCUCCUCCCUCCUCUUCCUCCUCUUCCUCCUCUUCCUCCUCCACCUUCUCCCAGUUUUCUCUGAUAAUGUGUAAAGUGACUCCUCAUAUCUACGCAGCCUGGCAGAUGUUAGGGACCAUGUUGUUCCGGAUAAAACACAAUAUAAACAAUAUAAACAUGAUAUUUUUCUGAACAUCAGCUGUAGAAAAGUUGGUCUCAUGUUUGAGUACGAGACUCGUGUUCCUCAGAUUUUCUUUUUGAAUCCGUUUCAGUGGAAACAUCUGCUGCGUUUCUCAUUUAUUAUACACUGAAUCUGUUUCCACAAAAUGUGAUGAGAAUUUCUUUUAUUAUUUUUCGAUGUUUCAAAUCUAAACAUGAUCUAUAUAUACUCAUUAAUAUAAGUUUCAGCUCUAAUUUAGAUGAAUGAAUAUUCUUGUCUAUCUCUCAGUCAUUAAUGGUUUUGAAUUAUUCUUAUAUACAAUGGGGAUGUUCUGAAACAUGUCCCAGUUUCCCAUCAUGCUUCACACUGUGGCUGGUAUUAUCAUUACACAGGUAACCUGCAGAAACCCUGUAUAUUGAGUUGCAUUCUGGGAAAUGUAGGAUGUAGUUUGACCUGACCAUUAUGUUUUAAUCUGUCCCGUCUGUUUGAUGGAAGUCUGGUAUCAGAUAGGUGGAGGUUUCCAUGACAACAGUGUGUUAUUAUAAGGGAUGUAAUGAUGACACAGUGUUGUGUUCACCAGCCACAAUGUGAAGCGUCAAACGUGGACGGACCUUCAGUUCAAUUAAAUACGUGUUCACACAUGAGCAACUUUACACCUGACACCUGCCAGGUUCUGUGGGUCCAGAACCCCCGUAGAUUCUGCGUUUUGAGACGCUGCAGCAAACGACAGGAGGAGGAGCUACAGGAAAAAUGUACACGUUAAAACACGUUUGUCAUUUGCAGAUUUCUAAAAAACAAAAUCCUCUAAUGAUCAUCAUGAAUUCAAACAUGAGAGAAUUAGAUCAUUUUAUUCAUUAUAUGAAGAGACGAUAAAUGAAAACGUCACAUGUGAUUCUGCAUGAUGGAUGUUGUUACUAUGGCAACUUCAUCAUUUCCCUAAAAUCUGUUUAUUGGUGGGUGAGACAAAAUAAGACAUUGACCUGUGGCCCUCUCUCUCUCUCUCUGUCUCUCUCACCCUCUCACCUCUCACCCUGUCUGUCUCUCUGUCUCUCUCUCUAUCAGUAGAUUUUGUACAGACGUUAUAUUAAAUCUGAAUAGUAUAAACUUUGACACUUGAACUAAACGUCAGAGAUGUGACUGACCACAGACGAACCAUGUGACCUGCAUCUCAGUGUUGAAAUUAAACCUGCAGCAAAGAUUA